AAGUGAUGUCACCUGAUGCUAAUAACAAGACAAGGAAGUGCUAUGUUUACAACCGCUGGAGUGGCAACAGAUUCUCGUUUAAAGCGUGUUUUUUUAAACACUCGUGUACAAUAUCAAUUGGACAUCAGCUAAUGGAGCAAAGUGAAUGAGUACGCCUCGAAUUCGGGUGAACAUACUACGGGUCUCAAUGGAGUGGGUUUUCAUCAUGAACCGGAUGAGCUCUCAGGGUAGCUCUGCAGCCCAGCGGAGGAGGAUGGCCUUAGGGGUGUUGAUACUCCUUCUGGUGGAUGUUAUCUGGGUGGCUUCCUCCGAGCUGACCUCAUACAUUUUCAAGCGUCAGGAUUACAACAAACCUUUUUUUAGCACAUUUACCAAGACAUCAAUGUUUGUGCUGUAUUUGCUGGGAUUCCUCCUGUGGAGGCCUUGGAGGCAACAGUGCACGGGCACGCUGAAACGCAGGCACUCUGCAUUUUUUGCUGAGGCUGAGGCCUACUUUACGCCCUGCACCAAUGACAACACUGUGAACAACCGCUUGAGUGAGCCACUGUAUGUACCAAUGAAGUUUCAGGAUGUACCCAGCGAACACUCGGACUACUUAAUACAUGACUGUGAAUCUUCACCAAAAAAGCAGCGGGUCCGCUUCAGUAAUAUUAUGGAGGUGCGCCAGUUGCCGUCCACUCAAGCCCUGGAGGCCAAGCUGUCCCGCAUGUCCUAUCUAGCUGCCAAAGACCAUGAGGCCAUGCUGCGCUCUGUGGCAAAGCUAACCAUCACAGAUGUGGCAAAAAUCAGCUUCUUUUUCUGCUUUGUGUGGUUUCUGGCUAACCUGUCAUACCAGGAAGCCCUGUCAGGCACACAGGUUGCUAUUGUUAACAUUUUGUCAUCUACUUCAGGACUCUUCACACUCAUCUUUGCAUCCAUAUUUCCCAGCAACAGCAGUGACCGUUUCACCCUGUCUAAACUACUUGCAGUGGCUCUGAGCAUGGGCGGUGUUGCACUUGUGAGCAUCUCCAGCAUGGACAGCCUUGAUGGGAACGGUGUCAGAGGUUGUCUGUGGUCACUGGCUGGGGCUGUGCUGUAUGCCGUCUACAUUGUGAUGAUCAAAAGACGGGUGGAUCGAGAAGACAAGCUAGACAUUCCAAUGUUUUUCGGGUUUGUGGGUUUGUUCAACCUGCUGCUGCUGUGGCCCGGCUUCCUCCUGCUUCACUACACCGGCUUCGAGUCCUUCGAGCUGCCCAGUCAACUCGUGUGGACGUACAUCCUCAUCAACGGCCUCAUCGGAACAGUUCUUUCCGAGUUUCUCUGGCUCUGGGGCUGUUUUCUUACAUCGUCUCUAAUUGGGACUCUGGCCCUCAGCCUCACCAUCCCACUCUCUAUUCUAGCAGACAUCUGCAUGCAGAAGGUGCGCUUCUCCUGGUUAUUUUUUGCUGGGGCGCUGCCUGUCUUUAUAUCCUUCUUCAUCGCCGCACUAUUAAGCCACUACAACAACUGGGAUCCAGUAUUGGUGGGGCUGAGGAGGUUAUAUUCUUUCAUUUGCAGAAAACACCGUAUUCAAAGACUGCCAGAAGACUCUGAACAGUGUGAAAGCCUGAUUCCUCUGAACACAGUCUCUCCCAGUGAAGCCAGCUUCCUUUCGUGAUACAUCUGUGAUGACCACGGAUUUGGCUGAGAAAACAAUCUGGAAACUAUCAGAGACAAUGAACUUACCUUUGUGCCUCUUAUAAAUGUAGUUUGAUUUUACAGCACUUUUUAAAAUCCCCUUCAUUCACUCUUGUCCCUUCUAUUUCAGCAUUUUUAUUUUUUGCAUUGUUGUCAGCAGAGACAGACAUUCAGAUUUAUCUAUUUUUGUGCAAAGAAACUUUACGGUACAACAAGGUGCUGAACUUUAUUUAGUAAAAGGUCAUGUGACCCGGUAAACGGUACACGAUGAGCUUGCUCACGACAUUGACAGAGGAGGUACUUUUGUCAUGUUGUUUUUGAAAGCUGAAUAUUGGAUAGCACUUUGUCUUUUGUCAACAAAGUGCUGGAUGUUGGUCCACUUCUUCGUGGGCCUUUGGAGGACGUGCUGCUUUUUUUUCAAGUGUGAAGUGUAGAUACAACACAUCAUCACAAGACUGUAUGGAGCCUAUACUGUCAUAAAAUGGUUUCCCAUGAAGGAUCUAUUGCCUCUGGUUUCAUCAUCCGCACCUUCAGAAAUGAGUCCUCUUUAACGCAUUGUUUAAAAAAAAUCACAAUUUUUUUUCUUGGGGCUAUAUAGGCCUAAUGCGAGCGAAAACAUACAUUUGGUGUGUUUUACUGGUUUGCAUAAACAUGUUUCCUGGCUAACAAUCAAUCAGAAUAUUUAAAGUGACUAUAUCAAUCUAUCAGUGUUUUGCUGUUUAUCUUUUUUUUAAUUUAGAAAACAACUGUGAUUUAAUGAUCACAUCCCUCUGCCAAGGAAAACCUCCUAUGCCUUUUCAAUAUGGUUAGUUUGAGCAUAAACAUGGUAGCAAGAGGUGAACUCUACAGCGGAACAUGAACAAAGAGUUUUUGUGAAACUUCAAUAACCACUGCAGAAAUAUUUGUUAUUUUCUAUGUAUCAUAGUAAAUAUAUCAACUGAAAAGAAUUAUAUUUUACUUGGGGUUCAGAUUAUAAAACAUAAGCCGGGCUGGUGUAUCUGUUAAAAUUGACUUUUCAUAAGACAACACUAAGUAUAUUUGCUGUUUUUGUGAUCUUGUGUGUUGAUAAAAAGCACUUUUUUCACUUAAUAUUCAUCGUCUGUCAUUUAGUGCAGCUUGUAAACACUACGAAUGAGAAAAAUUCUCUCUCUUGUUGAAUGUUAAGUCUGUGCUCUUUGUCUGUUAUUUUAUUCAUAAUUCUUUUUUUUUUCCGAUUGGAUUUGUUGAAAAAACAGGUAAGAAUAAACUCACAAAUUGGACCUGUUGAAACUACAAGUCACCUACUUUCACAUCGUCAAAACAGAUUUUCCAGAAGACUCAACCAUGUUUCCCAUCUUUAUUCAUUUUCCUUUCAUCAUUGGUGCUUGUUAAAUCAUGGAUAAUUGUUUUCUUUCUCAGGUUCUUUUUUGGUUUUGUCAUUGGUUUUCUUUGUUUUUAUUAUACGUGAAUAAAGAUGUUUGUACAAUCUGAAAAUAAAAUCCAAAAAAUGUGGUGAUGGCAAAUUCACUCUUAUUAUCAGAAGUUCUUGUAUAAUUGUGUAAUUUUUUUACAUCUGUUUUUAUUCUUUAGUGCACUAUUAAACUUAUUUUGAAAAGA